CGGGAAGGACGUUGGUGUAGAGGACAUUGACUACCAUGAGUUCCGGUUCGCUGUUGCCGAAACCACAGAUGCGUGGUCUUCUGGCCAAGCGUCUGCGGGUUCAUAUUGUUGGCGCAUUCACUGUGGCCCUGGGAGUUGCUGCUGCCUAUAAGUUUGGCGUGGCUGAACCAAGAAAGCAGGCGUAUGCAGAUUUCUAUAGAAACUAUGAUUCCAUGAAAGACUUUGAAGAGAUGAGGAAGGCUGGUAUCUUUCAGAGUGCGAAGUGAUUACAGAAUGCAAAGAAUUCUUUGGAUUGCGCUCCAUAGAAGUUCAUUGCUGACCUGUGCACCUGAACUAUGAGACAUGAAUAUGUGGGCUAAGGAGUAGUUUCCCUCAAUAAACAAUAAUUAUAUGGA